CACUCCCACCCACCACCACUUCCAGCAGAUGGCUCCCCUACUGGUAGAUUCUACCGCCGGUUCGUUCGGCCCCGCUCAGCCUCUGCCGCCACCGGCGGCGGUAGAGACCCAGAUGGCGGUGAUGGCCGUGCGAGGCGCUGGGCGGUUGUUGGAACGCGCGGUCUGGGGCCUGCACUCACGGCCAGGCGGGUGGACGGCGCGGGGCCCCGGUGAGGCGGGGAGACCCCCGAGCCGUUCUUGCGCGGCCCAGGCCGGGGAAGACACAGCCGACACGAGCGGCUACCUCCACAUCAGCGACAGCUGCGUUAAGAGGCUGCACGUCAUCGCGGAGGGUGGCGAGUUCCUCCGUGUGCAGGUGGAGGGUGGAGGCUGCUCCGGGUUCCAGUACAAGUUCUUGCUGGAAACGAGCAUUAACGAGGAGGAGGACCGCAUGUUCGAGCGCAAUGGCGCGCGUGUGGUUGCCGACCGCGAGUCCCUGGAGCUACUCAAGGGCGCCACCAUUGACUUCAGCGAGGAGCUCAUCCGCUCCACCUUCCGCAUCGUGGGGAAUCCGCAGGCCGACCACGGCUGCUCCUGCGGAACCUCCUUCUCCAUCAAGACGUGAAGACAACCUCCCCCCCCUCCCCCACCUUCUGGAUAAACGCAGCUUUCUGAGCCACUCGAGGGUCAACGCCCUGGAGAACCAGACCGGGUGUGCGAUCGCCAUCGCCUUGUGAAAUCGCGGCACUGCCAGACCCUCGCCUGUGCUCUUGCCAUUUUUCUUGGCUCUUGCGUAAGCUGCGUUUGUAAAGAGGAAUGCAUCUCCUAUUCUGUGUGUAUUUAUAGCGGGAACUAUUUAAGUGUGUAAUUGCGUUGUGUCUUUCGCAUAGGUCAUAUUUUGCAGGCGCAUGUCACCGAAAGUCGUUUGGAGGUUGAUGCGUACAACGACGCUCGCACAUGCCGAUGCCAGCAGUGGCUGUGUGAGAGGCAAGGCUGGGAAUAAAACUCUCGUCAGGCCAGAGUUGUUAGUCCUGUGGACAGGUUACCGAAAUGUCCCCUCGGUCCACAAUGACUUACAUUGCAAACUCUGGCAAAAAAGAAAAACUAAGAUUUCAUGCAACAGACCACAAGCCCAGUUCCGCUGGGUGGCGCUGUCUGUCGAUGCAGGUGUCAACAUUUGGAGAUGCAUUUGUGGAAAGUGAGCAGAUUGUAUAUUGACCAGUGUAAUCGAUGUUCAGCAUGCAUGCUAAUGGCACUUAUGUAAAGUGGUGAAGCGAAUUUAUCAUGUUGUAUUCACAUGGUGGACGGCUGUUUUUGUUGUUCAGCUGUGAAAUAAACUUUGUUGAGUGGCAAAGCUUA